UGUUGGGCAGAUCAGUUCACUUGGUUAGCGAGCGCGUGCGGCGGCAGGCAUUGAACCCUGUGAUCGAGCGAUCGAGCUAGCUAGACUUCCAGCACGAGCGGCGAUGUCGACGACGGCGGCGACGACGCUGGGGCGCGAGCUCCUGGAGGCGGCGAGGGCGCCGGAGUUCGCGGGGUGGCUGCGCGGCCUGCGCCGCCGCAUCCACCAGCACCCGGAGCUCGCGUUCCAGGAGCACCGCACCAGCGCGCUCGUGCGCGCGGAGCUGGACGCGCUCGGCGUCGCGUACGUGUGGCCCGUCGCGCAGACCGGCGUCGUUGCCACCGUCGUCGGCGCCGCCGGCCCCGGCCCCGUGUUCGGGCUCCGCGCCGACAUGGACGCGCUCCCCAUCCAGGAAAUGGUAGAAUGGGAAUUCAAGAGCUUGGAAGAUGGAAAGAUGCAUGCGUGUGGGCACGAUGUUCAUGUCGCAAUGCUGCUGGGAGCUGCUAAGCUGCUGCAAUCACGCAGGGAUCAUUUCAAUGGGAAGGUGAAGCUCGUGUUCCAGCCGGCGGAGGAGGGGUACGCCGGCGGGUACUAUGUGCUCGAGGAAGGCGCUGUGGACGAUGUGCAGGGCAUCUUCGGCAUGCACGUCGAUGCGGGUUUGCCGGCGGGCGUAGUCGCGUCCAGGCCGGGGCCGUUCCUCGCCGGCUCGGCUCGCUUCACGGCGACCAUCAACGGUAAAGGCGGCCACGCGGCGGCGCCCCACCACGCCGUCGAUCCGAUCGUGGCUGUCUCUUCCGCCGUCCUCAGCCUCCAGCAGAUUGUUGCUCGCGAGACCGAUCCCCUCCAAGGCGCGGUGGUGUCUGUGACCACCAUCAAAGGAGGUGAAGCUUUCAAUGUCAUUCCGGAAUCUGUCACUCUGGGCGGCACCUUGAGGAGCAUGACAACCGAUGGCAUGUCUUACCUCAUGAAGAGAAUCAGAGAGGUGAUAGAGGGGCAAGCAGCCGUGAACCGGUGCACGGCGGCGGUGGACUUCAUGGAGGAUAAGCUCCCGCCAUACCCAGCGACGGUGAACGACGAGGAGAUGUACGCGCACGCCAAGGCGGUGGCGGAGAGCAUGCUCGGGGAGGCCAACGUGAAGCUGUCCCCACAGGGCAUGGGGGCGGAGGAUUUCGGGUUCUACGCGCAGAGGAUCCCGGCCGCCUUCUUCGGCAUAGGGGUCGGCAACGAUGGCGGCGGGAUGGCGGAGACGACGACGAAGAAUCAGCUGCACUCGCCGCACUUUGUCGUCGACGAGGAAGCGCUCCCCGUCGGAGCCGCCUUCCACGCCGCCGUCGCCAUCGAGUACCUCAACAAGAACGCCUCUGGCCCUUCAGCCUGAUGCGUCCCGUCAAGGAGCUUAAAUCGCCUAUGCAUGGCUUGGUAAUGGGGUUAUCUAAGACUAUAAUAAUAUCCAAAAAUAAUGGUCCUACUAGCUACUAGCUGCCCAAGAACAGGCCGUUACAAAAACGUGUAAAAACUAUUCCAGUUGGUCAGCACAAGCAGUGAUAAUAAAUUCCCGGAUUGUUUUCUUUUA